CUGUACUGACUGUGCUGUGGACCACCCCUCAUUGCGGAGCUGUAGUGAAGGAUAAAUAUAUCCCCCACCUCCUCCCGCUGUGAGUCCGCAACAUCCUGACUGGCCCAGGCUGGCGAGCAGCAGCGGCAAGCCCCCAAGACGGAUGAAGUGAACCUGCUCUUCCUUCAUACCCCUUUAAGAUAUAUUUUCUUUUUUAUAACUCAAGAACCGGACUACAAACUCCACACACACCGUCAAAAAAAUUAAGUCGAUGCAAGAGAAACCAUGGGGAUUAAGGCUGCUCUCCCCAGAUAUGAACUGUAUCUCUACACUGCUGUGCUGGGCGGGGCCUUGAUAUGGGCAGGCAGUUGGAUACUCGAGGCUUCAAGUGAGAAUGUAAACAGAAAGGCCUUCAAAGACAGUGUACAGCCGGGAUGGCAUUAUUUUGGCAGGAAAAUGGAUGCAGCAGACUUUGAGUGGACGAUGUGGUUCGCUACAUUCCGCAACCAUAUUCUCUUUGCUCUCACUGGUCAUGUCAUCUUCGCCAAAAUCUUCACUAUCGUGGCUCCAAAGCACAGAUCCUUCAUCUUUGGUCUAUAUGGAGCUUUGGCUGUUUUAGUGACUAUGGGAUGGACCUACAUGGCCCUGGUGCUGUCCCACUGCCUGGUGCUUUACAGCGUUGCUCUGGUCAAACAGAAGUGGCUGGUGUUUGCUGCAGGCCUCACCACUUUGGCUUCCAUUAAGUUAGAGCCAUAUAAUUCCUGGCAGGAAGCACUGGUGACAGGCAGCUUCGACCUGCAGGACAUCCUGUUUUAUGGGGGUGUUGGCUUCAGUAUCAUGCGCUGUAUGAGCUUCGCUCUGGAAAACUGUGAGAAGAAGGAAGGCAACUACAGUUUCUCUGAUUUACUUAAAUACAACUUCUACCUCCCCUUCUUCUUCUUUGGACCCAUCAUGACUUUUGACAGGUACCAUGCACAGGCCACCACCACUAAGCUGACACGUAAGGAGAGGGAGAUGUGGAACAUCACCAGUAAAGCCCUGCUGCACCUUGGGGUCAUCCUGGUGGUGGACGUCUUCUUCCAUUAUCUGUACAUUUUAACAAUCCCAAGUGACAUGAAACUGGUUGGAAAGCUUUCGGACUGGUGUCUGGCUGGUCUGGCUUACUCUAACCUGGUGUAUGACUGGAUCAAAGCUGCUGUCAUGUUUGGUGUCAUUAACACUGUUGCCACUCUGGACCACCUGGACCCUCCUCAGCCUCCCAAAUGUAUCACCAUGCUUUAUGUCUUUGCUGAGACGCACUUUGACAGAGGCAUCAAUGAUUGGCUGUGCAAGUACGUGUAUGACUAUAUUGGUGGAGACCAUGACAAAAUCUUCAAGGAGCUUCUGGCCACUUUCUGCACCUUCUUCAUCACCACUUUGUGGCUUGGGCCAUGUCAGCUGGUUUACCUCUGGUCUUUCUUCAACUGCUUCGGUCUAAACUUUGAGCUGUGGGUGGCUAAACUGUUCUCUCUUCCACCAUUUUCUACCAUUGAGCAUUGUAUGGGCGAGGCAAUGUCACGCAGGAUCAGGGGUGUGUUCAACGCUGCAAACUUCUGGGCCAUCGUACUCUACAAUGUCCUCUCCCUCAACAGCCUGGAGUUUGCCAAACUUGUGGCAAGAAGAUUGAUUUUCAAAGGUUUCCCUCUGUCCACUUUGUCCGUGUUGAUGGUGACCUACUGUGGUGUGCAGCUGGUGAAGGAGAGAGAAAGACAGCAAGCCUUAUUGGAGGAGCCAGAGCCAGAGAAGCUGGCAGAUGCCAAAGAAAAAUCUGAAUAAUAACAAUAAUAUUGGACAAAAACCUUUUUAGCCAUUUACUGGUUUCCGUCACUGCUCUGAACAUAGCUUCUCUGAACAUAUGCUGUUCACAGCCUGUGUUUUUGAGAUGAGAGAGAUGUCAAUGAGGGGAGAGGUAAAGUUUGUUUUUAGAGAAGCUAAUAUAUGGGGCUGUGAGAGAUCCCCAAGUGCACUUCCUGUAGACAACCGGUUCUGGCACAAACCCACCGACAGUGCAUUUGCAUUUAAUUUUAACUAAAAAAAGAUUGUUGUGAAUAUAGAGAAUAUAAAAGAAUAUAUGGAUAUAAAGAUAGGGCUGAUACCUCAAGGAAAAUAUGAAUUUUAUGCAUUCGGUUUUGUCCUGUGUUUUCAGUUACACAAUUGUAUUCAUCUUAUAGUGUCUUUGACACUUAUGAUUCUUAAUAUGACAACCUAGUCAAACUUGAAUCCAAGGAGCUGCUUACAGAUAUGAGAGAGGAGAAAAGGGUGCUGUGGAGUGUUCAUCUCCAUUUUGCUUGAAAAUGAAUGUUUUGUAUUUGUCCUCUGUUAGUGAAAAAAGAUAAAAUAUUUUACAGUUACAGUAUUGUUUUACUACUGAUGUAAACUAUGCAACAGGUUUACAAUGUGGCAACUAACGGAGUGUGCUGAGUUUAAACAGCAGAUAACUGACCACGUCAAUAUGACCUGUGAGGUGUUUGGGACAAUAAAUGCAAAGACUUUUUGAG